AUGAACUCUCUCCCCACAAGCACCUUCAGUCCAGUGGCCUUCUCCCUGGGGCUGCUCCUGGUCACGGCUACUGCUUUCCCCACCCCGCUUCCCCUGGGAGAAGAUUCCAAAGAGGACACCGCCUCAAUUAGACCACCACUCACCUCUUCAGAGCAAAUUGAAAACCUCAUUAAGCCCAUCCUCCUGGAAAUCUUGGAGGUUAAAAACAAGAUGUGUGACAACCACGAAUCGUGUAAAAACAGCAAGGAAGUACUGACAGAAAACAACCUGAAUCUCCCAAAACUGACCAAAAAAGAUGGGUGCUUCCACUCCGGAUUCAAUCAGGAGACCUGCUUCACGAGACUCACCACCGGUCUUCAGGAGUUCCAGGUGUACCUGGAGUACCUCCAGGACACGUUUGAGGAAAAUGCCAGGGCCAUGAAGAUGAGAACCAAAGCCCUGGUCAAGAUCCUGAAGCAAAAGAUGAAUAAUCCAGUCGAAGAAACCAUCCCUCACCCAACCACAAAUGCCGGCCUGCUGAAGGAGAUGCAGUCGCAGAAAGAGUGGCUCAAGACCACGACCAUUCACCUCAUCCUGCGGAGCUUCGAGGACUUCCUGCAGUUCACCCAGAGGGCCAUCCGGAUGUAG